AUUUAUUGAUCAAUAUACAGGCGACUAGAAAGGUUCUUUUGCUAUUUGCAGAAAAAAGUUAUAAAAUUAAGAUAAAUAUUGCAUUCAACAACAAGUGAAAGUGAAAAGCGAUAUAAAAUGAAUUUAAAAAUAUUUUUGUUUAUUAGCGUCAAUGUUUUCUUCAUACAAAUUGUAAAGGGUGAACAAUGUGAAUGUAUUGCUGGACCUCCUGGUUUGAAAGGUGAACGUGGCUUGAUUGGUGUGACUGGUGCUCCUGGUUAUCCUGGAAUUCCUGGUAAGAAAGGUGAUGCUGGGGAACCUGGUCAAGAUGGUCUUCCUGGACUUCCUGGUGUUUAUGGACCUCCUGGUUUGAAAGGUGAACCUGGUUAUAUCGGAAUACCUGGUAUUCCUGAACAUUCUGGUAUCAAAGGUGAUAGGGAUUUUCCAGCCAAUGGCCAACAAUUUUCACCUGCCAAAACAUGCCGUGAUCUCUUUGCUGCCCAUCCCGAAUACAAAUCUGGUGAAUAUUGGAUUGAUCCCAACGAAGCUAAUAUAAUUGAUGCCAUAUUCGUAUUUUGUGAUAAGGAUAGACGAGCCACCUGUAUCAUGCCACAGCCCACAGAAUCUAAUAUAAUUACCUACAAUGGAAAUGAAAAGGAAGUGUGGUUAAGCGAUGUGAUUGAAGGCAUGAACAUACAUUAUAAUAUUGAUAAUUAUCAAAUGGGAGCAUUGCAGCGAAUGUCACUCAAUGCCACACAAAAAAUAACAUUCAACUGCAAGAACACAAUAGCCUACGACGAUGAUGCAUUGAACUCUUCUAGAAAGGGUUUGAAAUUGUUAACCUGGAACGAUGCCGAAUUAAAGUCCGAAGGUUCCCAAUUCCUAAGAUAUAAAGCCGAACUAGACGACUGUCGUAAACGUUCCAGCACCUGGGAAAAAACUGUUAUCAGAUACACCACCAACAAAACGCAAAGAUUACCUAUUGUCGAUAUAGCGAUACGUGAUGUGGGCAAACCUUAUCAAGAAUUCAGCAUCGAAUUGGGGCCGGCUUGUUUCUUUUAGUCAUAUUUUUUAUACAAUUUAUAAUAACCUUUUUUUUAAUCCUGGUUUUCAUUAAAAACUAAAAAAUAAAUUUCUAAAAAGAAAAUGCUUACAAUAAAUCAAAUUUCAAUAAAAAAAAA